AUGGUGCAAGGUGCACAUCAUAAUGCGACACCUGAACGAGCCUCGGCACUUGAUGUAGGCGAUGCAUCUCCCGAUGAAAAACGAAAAAAAGUCGGUAAUUAUGUCAUUUUAAAAACAAUUGGAGAAGGAAGUUUUGCCAAAGUACGCUUGGGUGUUCAUCUAAUCACUGAAAUGAAAGUUGCAGUUAAAGUUAUUAAUAAGCGUGAAGUAUUUAAACGAAAUUAUUUAAGAGCUAAUUUACGUCGUGAAGCAUCAAUGAUGCAACGUAUGUCACAUAAGAACAUAGUACAAUUACAUGAAGUUAUGGAGACAGAAAAUUCCUAUUAUAUUGUGAUGGAUUUAGUACAAGGCAAUGAAUUUGUUAAAUAUUUAACAAAAAGGAAACAAUUAGAUGAAAAUGAAACGAAAAAAUAUAUUCGACAAAUUGUGUCUGCUGUUGAUCAUAUGCAUCGUGCUCGUGUUAUACAUCGAGAUAUAAAACUUCAAAAUUUUAUGCUUGAUCAAAAUAAUGAUAUCAUUAUAAUCGAUUUUGGUCUUAGUAAUUGUCUUGAUGAUAAAGGUUUUCUAACUACUCAAUGUGGUUCACCAGCCUAUGCAGCUCCAGAAAUUUUCGCACAUCAAGAAUACGGUCCUGCUGUUGAUGUAUGGAGUAUUGGUGUGAAUAUGUAUGCUAUGCUAGUGGGAAAACUUCCAUUUAAAGUUGAACAUCGUAGUCGAAAUCUUGCUAAACUUCAUGCAUGUAUACUCAAAGGAUGUGAAAUACCCAAUACACUUUCACGUGAAUGUCACGAUCUAUUAUCAAGACUAUUGGAUCCAUCACCAAGCAAACGUAUAACCAUACCGGAAAUACUUCAUCAUCCAUUUUUAACCGAUUUAUUAGGACCUAUUGAAUUAGUGCCUUUUAAACCUCAUACUGAUUUAAGAGAAAUCAAUCAAAGUAUAAUCAGAUAUCUUUCUAUGAAGUAUGGUUAUUCAGAGCACGAAGUUGAAGAAGCCGUGUUACAUCGAAAACCAAUUGCAUGCCGAGCUCUUUAUAGUUUAAUUGAACGACGUCUUAAAGAAGGUCUUGGUUGGCCUGAUCGUACAUAUAAUAGUUCUGUGAAUGCACAAUCAACAAUAUCAGGUACAGGUGUUGCUUCUGUAGUUGAUGGCACACCAGAUCUUGUACUUGAUAAACUUGGUCGUCAUGAACCAUUACUUCCCGGUCGUCGCGCGCUACCACAUCAUUUACCUCUACAAGUGUCUCCGCCAACAGCGAAUGGGCAAAAACUAACACGUGAAAGAUCUAAUUUUGGAUUUGAUGAACAAAUUUUAGUACGAACAAAUGCAAAUGCUAAUAGUAUUACACAGGGUUUAACACAAGAAGCAUUGAAUGAAUUAGUACCACAAUCAAAAUUAAUUUCUAGGAAACUAUUUCAAGAUUCAACAGUAAGAAAAUCAUCAGCUAUUGCAACUAAUAUUGAGCAAGUCGAAGAAAUUAUUGGUGCGCGACGAGCACAACAAAAUUCAAAUACCCUUGCACCAAUUAGAAAUUCAAUAAGUACUCAGCGUGGCAAUGUCCUCAUACCUCAACAAACACAACAACAUAAAGCUAAACCACGUAGUUUACCUAAUUCAACACUUGAUCACGCAAAUCAAAAUGGUUUUCAUGUACCACAUGAUCUAGUGCUAGGCGCAUCUGCUGAUAAUCGUACGCCAAAGGCAAUUAGUCGUACAUCGCAAGUUGAUAAUUUUAGAAAAAAUCAACAUCAUUCACCGGUUCGAUAUAAUCCUGCUCCAUCAGUAACAGUCAAGGCUAUUGGUUUAUUUCUAAAAAAUUCUGCAUUACAUUCACGUGUUAGCUCAUGUAGUAGUAGAUCCUCGAAAACGAAUGGUACUACAACAGUACUUGAUGUUCAGCACCAAUCGCCACCCUUAAAAUUUUAUCCACCAACAUCAAAUACAAAUCAUAAACAGAAUGUUGUUACUUAUCAUUCUCAUGGUAACUUAACAUCAACAGAUACAACACGACAAUUUUUUGUUAAAACAGCCGGAUCAUCAAAUCGAAUAACAGCAAGUAAAGCUCAACAUUCAACAGCAACAGGAGCCAAUGGAGAAAAGUUGAUGCCGACAUAA